AUGAGCGUAAAAUUCGGCACUUUAACUCAACGUUUGGUUCAUCCCACAGCGCCAGUUCUGCUUACCAAAAAUGGCCCACUUGGAACUCACAUUCAAUGUCUAAACGCUUCACAAUUCUUUCAAGCAAGCGAGACGUCAUACACAUUGAAAUCUUUCGCCCCUAUACCCGAGUCGGACGAUCGAUUUGCACGUCAGAACCGCUUCGGACUUCCACCAGAGUUUCCUCUGGCUUCAUCCUGCUCAGGCAUAGUUCACCAUCUUUCGGGUACCAGCGCAUACGCUCUAACUCCGAUCAAUUGCAUGCAAUACGAACGGGUCUAUGUUGCUCCAUUAUACGCAAAUUAG